AUGAAGUGGUUGUGUUAUGCCGUCAUAUGCCACUUGUGCUCGCUGGGGUGCCUUGCUAUGACGCAGAGCGAAAUUGAAGAUUUUAGUAAUUUUCUAAGACAAACAUCGAGUCUGGAUCAAAAUUUAAAAAGUCUACCAGAAGGAGAUUAUGAGGAAGAUGUGCCUCUGGAAGAUCAUCACGCUUGGGAGAAGAGCGGAAAGUUUGAAGGAGACCUCAUUCUAAACGAACGUCAGAGAAGGAUGAUUGUUAACAACGUCGUGGAAGGACUCGCUCGGAACGGUCUGACUGACAGCACUAAGCGUUGGCCGAAUAACGAAGUCAUUUAUUUUAUACAACCUGACCACUUCUCUGAUGAUCAAGUACGUUCAAUACAAAACGGUAUCGAUGACUUGGCGAGAGCGUCGUGUGUUAAAUUCAGACCUUACGUGAAAGGAGACGCCGACGCGGUAGUCAUACAGGGAAGUAAGCGUGGUUGUUUCUCACAAGUGGGUUAUCAAGGAGGUUAUCAAAUUCUCAAUUUAUCUCGUCGCCAUCCAGCUGACCGAGGCUGCUUCCGCCUUGGGACUGUAGUUCAUGAGCUACUUCAUACUCUUGGCUUUUUCCACAUGCAGAGUAGCCCUGACCGAGACGAGUUUAUUGACGUAUUAUGGGAUAACAUAAUAAGACAGGCCAGACAUAAUUUCCGCAAGUAUGAUUCACUUUCGGUUUCUGAUUUUGGAGUUGGCUACGACUAUGACAGUGUUCUGCAUUAUAGCCGUAAAGCUUUCUCUUCAAAUGGUCAAGACACGCUCGUACCUAAGAAUGGCGCUGAUAUUGGACAGAGAAUCGGACUUUCCGAAAAAGAUAUUAUUAAAUUGAACAAAAUGUAUUGUGAUGUAGAUGCAGGCGUUAUAUCUCAAGACAGUAUUUCAUCGUUCGACGUGGAGAAGAAGAAGAAAGGUGGUAAAAAUAAACCAUUCGUGGGUCAAGGACUGGGAUAUCAAAAGGGAAAAACUGUCAUUAUAAAACUACCUAAAGCUGAAGAAGAACAAGAAAGGUCAAAUAAUCCCGUACAUGGUUACUUCAGUGAAACAACGCAGACCACACAUCCAACAUUUAAUCUAGAACCGGGCCUUAAAGAUGACACAAUUUUAUAUGACUAUCAGAUCCCUGGACGUAAUAUAAAUGAAUAUAUGUCACUCAUACCGAGAAAGAAAGAAAACCAAGACGACUAUAAAGAAUUAAAAAUUAUUGAGGCGAAUAAGGACGAUAAAAGAAUUUCUUACUUCCCAAAUGAGGGCUCAAUAGUAGAAUCAGAUAACAGAGAUGUUUUACGAUUGUCACAAUUACCAGCUGUCCUCCAAGAGGAUAAAGAUGGUGUUGAUGAUUUAGAAAGAAUAUACUAUUAUGGUCAAAGUGACAGUUUGUCACCACAUAGGGUACCUAUAAUAGAAAAGCAACAGAUAAAAGAAAAAAAUGCUAAAAAUUUAGCUUACCCUCACUACGAUACCUUAAUUUUUCAACCCAAUAGAUUCUCUGAAAAGGAUUCAGAGUUUUUAUACGAAAAAUCUAAACAAGAUUCACCUCGAAGUCUUCCUUAUAAUCCAUCAAAUGAGUUUGCUGACAGUGAAUGGCAUUUGAAUGAAAAUUAUAAACCUAAUUUUUAUAUUCAAGAAGACGGACAAAUUAAACAUGAUAGAUAUGAUUUACCAAAAAUAGGGUAUAAUUACAAUUAG